AUGACGAAGCAGAAGCGCCCUCGGAUAGUGAACGCGAAUAGCGCGUCUCCAAGGCGUCCUGCUCCUGCCUUUACGCAUACUUCAUUCGUGCGUGCUACAUCGUCGGAUGCCUGGUUCCUGUCCAACUCACACCGGCGCAAUUUUGCGUCGCGCAAGUUAGGGCGUGAUAUAUUUCGGAUAUCAAGCUCCAAGCGCAUAUCCCAGCGCCUCGGCGCGCUGGAUGUCUCGGUGCUACCCCAUAUCGCGCAUCUUGCCGCCGAGUCGUCCGGGCCGCCUCUGCAUCCUGCUCGCACGGCUCAUUCGAAGCAGAUGCUCGCAUUCCAGCUGCGCGAAGAUCGCCUGGAUGGAAUGCUGGCACAGCUGCUUGGCGGCUUCCAUAUUAUGCUAUAUGGCGUGGGCGAUCGCAUGCCGGUGAUGCGCGCCCUUGUUGAACGCGGUGCGCAGCGCCACAGCGGUGCGGCCGUCAUUGUACAGGGUGCGUCUGUGCGUGGUGUGCAGGUGGAUCGAAUCCUCGACUCGAUUGAACAGGCGAUCGGUCUCGGCGACUCGGAUGCGCAAGACGCACUGCACCAGCUCGUGCGUCCGUCUCGCGUGAUGCAGCGUGUGCAGCGCAUAACCCGCUAUCUGAGUGAGCCCAGCGAGUCUGCGGCACGUCCGCGGCAUGUAUUUCUUGGGUUCCUUGCCUUUGAUCAAGCAAUCUUCCACACGCUGCGGCUCCAAGCGCUGGUUCAUGCGCUGGCUCGGUCUUCCUGCAUUCAUCUGGUCGCGAGUGUGUCGCAUGUGAAUGCGGGCCUUUUACUGGAUGGGCCGGCAGGCUCGUUUGGCUGGGGCGUGGCAGGGCAUGCGCCGCCCACAGACCUGGCGUCAGAGCCGGGGGGGCGCUCUUUGAGGGCGCCCUGGCUGUGGUACAAUGCGACCACAUUUGUGCCACCGGUCGCUGAGCUGGUCCAAGCGCGCAGCACAACAUCGGGUAUGCCUGUGCUGGCGGGUCUGGCUGUCAUGAAGCUGCCUGCUGCAGUGGACUUGGCUGGUGGCCGCGGUCGUGCAGCGCCGAAUGCGUCCGCGGCUGUGGCGAUGGCGCAGCCCAUCUCUGAGACAUCGGCGGUUCAGGUGCUGAGCACUAUUACCGCGCGCGCACGCAGUCUCUUUGCGCAGUUGGCGGCCCUGCAGCUGAUGGCCGUGGAUAAUGAGGAGACGAUCCCACGUACGCCGUAUGCCUCGCUGGUCCGCGAAGCGCUACGGGAGUUUGUGGCCUCUUCGGACGAGGGUGUGCGACAGCUUCUCGGGGAGAUGGUUGAUCAUGGUCUGGUCAUUGUAUCGCGUGGCCAGACGACGGUUACGAAUAGCCACGCGAUAGCCGUGGGCGAUGAGUUAUCGAUUCCCCUGCCUGUACCGAUGCUGGAGCAGGUUCUAGCGCAGAUAGCCUAG